CGCGGCCGCAGGAGCGCAGGCAGCGGCAGCCGGGCACGGCGGCUCGGGGCACGCAGCCCCACGGAGCGCAGCGGGCUCCGGCCGGGCCCCGCUGGGGCAGCCGACGCGGCGGUCUUGGAGGCUUGUGUGACAGUCACUGCGUGCUGACACCAUGGCGCUGAGGCUCCCAGGAGCAGGCUCACUCUCCUUUGUUAGCCUUGGAGUCCUAGUCCUGGCUUUGGCUCUCCCUGCAGAUGCUGGGCUUUCUCAGAAACAUGUUUCAGAUGUCGUCGAUGACAGCAAAGACAACAUCACCAUUUUCACCCGCAUCCUGGACAGGCUGUUGGAUGGAUACGACAACCGCCUCAGACCUGGACUCGGAGACAGUGUAACUGAAGUCAAGACAGACAUUUACGUGACGAGUUUCGGCCCUGUCUCAGACACUGAUAUGGAAUACACUAUUGAUGUUUUUUUCCGGCAAUCCUGGAGAGAUGAAAGGCUCAAGUUUGAUGGUCCCAUGAAAAUACUUCCCUUGAACAACCUGCUGGCCAGUAAGAUCUGGACUCCUGAUACCUUCUUCCACAACGGGAAGAAAUCUGUUGCUCAUAACAUGACAACACCCAACAAGCUGCUGCGCCUGGUGGACAACGGCACCCUCCUGUAUACCAUGAGGCUGACGAUUCAUGCAGAGUGCCCCAUGCACCUGGAGGACUUCCCAAUGGAUGUGCAUGCUUGCCCACUGAAAUUUGGGAGCUAUGCCUACACAAAGACAGAGGUGAUCUACACCUGGACACUGGGGAAGGAUAAAUCAGUGGAGGUAGCGAAGGGUGGAUCUCGCCUGAACCAGUACGACCUGCUGGGCCACGUUGUUGGGACGGAGAUGGUUCGAUCCAGCACAGGGGAGUACGUCGUCAUGACCACACACUUCCACCUCAAGAGGAAGAUCGGGUACUUUGUGAUCCAGACCUACCUACCCUGCAUUAUGACGGUCAUCCUGUCCCAGGUCUCCUUCUGGCUUAACAGGGAGUCUGUCCCUGCCCGAACGGUUUUUGGCGUCACCACUGUCCUCACCAUGACCACACUAAGCAUCAGCGCAAGAAACUCGUUACCUAAAGUGGCGUACGCGACGGCCAUGGACUGGUUCAUAGCCGUCUGUUAUGCCUUUGUGUUUUCUGCGCUGAUCGAAUUUGCCACUGUCAACUACUUCACCAAGCGCAGCUGGGCUUGGGAUGGCAAGAAGGUGCUGGAGGCCCAAGAGAUGAAGAAAAAAGAGCCAGUGGCACUAGCGAAGAAAACCAACAACACCUACAACAUUGUUGGCACCACAUAUGCCCUCAACAUUGCCAAGGACCCUGGCCUGCCCACCAUCUCCAAGAGUGCUGGUGCCACUGCUACUGCCACCAACGUACCCCCCAAGAUGCCCCGCACAGAGGAGAAGCUCCCAGAGAGUAAGAAGACAUACAACAGCGUCAGCAAGCUGCAGCACAAGAUGGUGGUAUCCAAGCCAUUUGUCUUCCCUCCCUGGUGCCCAGACCCAUGGACACACUGUCCUGCUACAAGGAAGGACAUCCUGUGCCUGGUAAGUUCUCUUUCCCAGCCCAUGGGGAGCACUGAUCCUGUCCGCAGCACUGCUCCCAGGAUGGGAUGCAUCCCCUUUCUUCUGAACCUCCCUCUUACCCUCUGGCUGAGCUGCCCCUGCAUGUUUUGGGUGCACACAGCCAGGCCAAGGUGAUGCCUUCAUCACCCUAAAGGUGAUGUCUUCAGCAUUGCUUUGAGCUGCUGUGCCAAGCUUAGUUUCCCCCUGCCCAUGCAGGAGCAGGGCUGAGCACAAGGCAUAGGAUUUGCCCCAGCUGGGAUAUCCAUGGGGACAAUAGGACAGAUCAGGGAAGGCCAGGGGUCUUUAUCCUGCAGUAUGGGUGGCAUUGGUGCAUGUCCUGCCUGUCCCUUACCAAACUUGCUAGUUCAACAACAGUGCAGUCACUCCCCCUGCCUACAGCAGCAAUAGGAGCAGAGCUCAGAGACAUUUAUCUCAGCCCUCAGUGCAUUUGGUCCACACCAGCAGGAAGCAUUAGGCAUGCCCCUCAAGCUGAACUGGUUCUCUCCCUAUCCUCCCCCAUAACAUCAACACCCCAAAACAUUCCGACAGUGCCUUUCAUCCCUGAGGGCUCCAUGCUGGGUGGCAAGGAGAGG